AUGGGCAAGAACCACAAAACUCAAACCUUGCGCACAUACAAUAACAAUACUCACACUGAUCAUCUCACUUCUUCUUUUUCUCUUCCAGAUGAACCUAAAGAGUCUCCAAUAGAGCAAGUCCGUCACACUGUGCCAACCAUUGAUGACCCUACAGUCCCAACACUGACCUUCAGGACAUGGUUGCUGGGAAUCACAGCAUGCCUCAUCGUUUACCCUACAACCACCUUCUUUGGGUUCCGGCAAAACCCAGUGUAUAUAAGCGAAAUACUAAUUCAGAUGCUCAUGCUCCCUGUCGGAAGGUUUAUGGCAUCUACACUUCCGACGAAACCUGUGAGAAUCCCUUGGGUUGGCUUUUCUUUCUCACUAAACCCAGGGCCAUUCAGCAUGAAGGAACAUCUCCUUGCAAGCUUGAUGGCGUCUGCUGGAGGGUACCCUUUAUUUCUGAGCAUAAUCAUCUCCAAGAAAGUCUUCUUCUCCCAGCAUGUCAAUCUCAUUUCUAGUUUCAUGAUGAUGAUAUCAACUCAAAUACUUGGAUAUGGCAUUGGUGGUUUGUUUACAAAAUUGCUAGUUAACUCACCCUACAUGUGGUGGCCAUUUUCUUUAGUUACUGUCACUAUGUUCAGAGCAAUGCAUGAAACAGAAGAGAAGGUGAAAGGAAAGACAUCCAAGUUUCAGUUCCUCAUGAUGGCAGCAAUCUCAAGCUUUGCAUAUUAUAUAAUACCCAACUUCUUCUUCCCAUCUUUAACUGCACUUUCAUUCCUCUGUUUGAUAUGGAAAAGGUCAAUCACAGCACAACAGAUAGGUUCAGGUCUUCAUGGCCUUGGCCUUGGCUCCUUUGCCCUUGAUUGGAAUGCUAUCUCUGGAUUCUUAGGUAGCCCCAUGGCUUUGCCAUUGUUUACCAUAAUGAAUUCAAUGGCUGGGUUUAUCUUAAUACUCUGUAUCAUAGUCCCAAUAACUUAUUGCUCUAACUUAUUUGAAGCAAAGAGAUUUCCCAUCUUCUCUUAUGAUGUUUUUGCUUAUAAUGGCCAAAAAUACAAUGUCUCUCGUGUUCUGAAUCCUAUAUCUAAUCAACUUGAUGUUGAGGCUUACAACAACUACUCGAAGCUCUAUCAAAGCAUCUCUGCUGUUUUCAUAUCAGGGUUUGAUUUUGCUUCUCUGGUUGCUACAAUUACUCAUGUUGCACUCUUCAUGGGAAGGUCCAUAUGGCAACAAUUUAUUCAAGCAUAUAACAAUAAUCAGGAAGAAGAUGUUCACAAUCAUCUGAUGAAAAAAUACAAAGCGAUUCCUAUUUGGUGGCACUAUGUUAUCAUUGCCAUCUCCCUGGGCUUAGGGUUUGCUGUCUGUGAGGGCUUUGGCAGAGAGUUCCAACUUCCAUUCUGGGGGGUUUUAUUGGCUUGUCUCAUCCUUCUCAUUUUCCUCCCUCCAGUUGGUGUCAUUCUUGCAUCCUCUGGCAAAGGAGCAUCAAUAUCAGCCUUUGAACAGUUGAUAAUCUCAUACAUAUAUCCUGGAAGACCUUUCGCCAUCAUGACUUUCAGAGCCUACACUUCAGUUAGCAUGGAAGUUGCUAUUAUCUAUCUCUACCAACUUAAAAUUGGCCACUACAUGAAGAUCCCUCCAAGAUCCAUCUUCAUUAUUCAGAUGGCAGGAGUUGUAAUCUCAAGUUCAAUCAGUUUUUUCUGCAACUGGUGGCUGCUAAGCUCCAUAAAGAAUAUAUGCCACCCAGACAAGCUCCCCAGAGGAAGCCAAUGGACAUGUCCAGGUGAUAGAGUCUACUACAGUGAUAUUAUCAGCUGGGGAGUUGUCGGUCCUCAGCGUCUCUACUACCCAAAUGGCCUCUAUAGCUCCAUGUAUUACUUCUUUCUCAUCGGCAUUAUAAUGCCGGUUGUCGUAUGGCUGCUCACCAGGAUGUUUCCAGAGAGAAAAUGGAUUCGUUUGAUUAACUUUCCGAUCAUCUUCAGUGCGGGCGCAAGACUUUUGCCUGUUACUGCAGUAAACUACUGGUCUUGGUUUGCAACAGGUAUUUUCUUUCAUUUUGUGGUGUUGAGGAGGUUUGGUGUUGAGUGGAUAGAGAAAGGGUUCUUGUUAUCAGUUGCAUUGGAUGUUGGAAGUGUCAUUGCUGGGCUUGUGCUUUCUGUCAGUCUUCAGUUGGGUGGUGUUUAUGGGUUGAGUUGGUGGGGGUUGGACUUAGAUGACCAUUGCCCUUUGGCAGUUUGUCCUACAAUUCCUGGUGUUAGUGUUGAUGGUUGUCCAAACUUAUAG